GCUUCAUCUCUCUUUUAUCCGCAUACCGAACAAACAGUUGUCUGGAUGUACAGGACCCCCUCCCUCCCCGCAGUUUUUCCGACUGCAUCUCACUCGGACAGGCACUUGUCAGUGUCUUGUCGGUCACCAACCAAUAACGGCCACAGCCCCACAGCACCUUCCAUGUCUUUUCCACCAACUAAGGUACUGUGAAGGCAGCCUCGUCCCCCACAGCAACACAUCCCAUCCCAAAAAGUUCCGCGCAGAAAAAGAGUCCAAGAACAGACACUUUUCACCGCCCCUCUUCCUCAUUACCAUCUACACGACGCUGUGAGCUCUGUCAAGAUGGCCUCCCAAAUGGGCACCAUUGCCCAGCUGCUGGAUGCAACUUUAGAUCCCGGCACCCAUAAGAAAGCCGAGCAAGCCCUCAAACUCGAGCAGGCCAAGCCUCAAUACUCCCUCCACCUGCUCAACAUCGUCGCCUCAGAACCUCUUCCUCUCAAGACCCGUUUAGCCGCUGCCCUGGCCUUCAAGAACUUCAUCCGUUCUAACUGGGUCGACGCCGACGGCAACUAUAAGCUCCCCGGCGAUGAGGUGCAAACAAUCAAGUCCCAGCUCAUUGGCUUGAUGAUUUCUUGCCCACCCACUAUUCAGACCCAGCUCGGCGAUGCUAUAAGUAUCAUCGCUGACUCCGACUUCUGGGAGCGCUGGCAAACACUGACCCAGGAGCUCGUCGAGCGUUUCUCUCCCGUCGACCCCAAGGUCAACAUUGGCGUCCUCGAGGUCGCCCACUCCAUCUUCGUCCGCUGGCGCCCUCUCUUCAGAACUGACGAGCUCUACACCGAGAUCAACCAUGUCAUCAGCACUUUUGCACAACCCUUCGUGCAACUGCUGAUCCAAACUGACGAGCAGAUUACCAAGAACACCCAGAACAAGGAUGUUCUAAAGAGCUGGUUCGAGGCUCUCAGUCUCAUGAUCAAGAUUUUCUACGAUCUCUCCUCUCACGACAUGCCCCCAAUCUUCGAGGAACACCUGGCUUCCAUCUCCGAGCUUCUCCACAAGUACCUCACGUACACGAACCCGAUUCUCGAGACCGACGACGAUAGCGAAGUCAGUGUUAUCGACACCGUCAAGGCAGACAUUUGCGAGGCACUGGAGCUCUACACGCUCAAGUACGAUGAGGACUUUGGAAAGUACACCGAGCCCUUCAUCACCAACGCCUGGAACCUUCUCUCCAGCACCGGGGCCGAGACCAAGUACGACUUGCUGGUGAGCAAGGCUCUGCACUUCUUAACCGCGGUCGCUGGCACAUCACAACACUCGGGUGUCUUCGCCGAUGAGAACGUUCUGGGUCAGGUGGUCGAGAAAGUCAUCCUGCCCAACGUCGCUCUGCGUGAGUCCGACUUGGAGUUGUUCGAGGAUGAGCCCAUCGAGUACAUCCGCCGGGAUUUGGAGGGCUCCGACACCGAUUCCAGACGGCGGUCUGCUACCGAUUUCUUGAGGAGACUUCAAGAAAAGUACGAGCAGCUGGUCACCGGUGUUGUCUACAAGUACAUCAACCACUACUUGGAGCAGGGCAAGUCUGAUUGGAAGGCAAAGGACACAGCCGUAUAUCUCUUCAUCUCCAUCGCUGCCAAGGGAUCUGUCACAGCUGCUCAGGGUGUCAAGACGGUCAAUUCUUUGGUCAACGUCGUAGACUUCUUUGAGCAGCACAUCGCAGCGGACCUGAUGGCGAGCGGAGGCGUCGAGCCCAUUUCCAAGGUUGACGCCAUCAAAUACCUGCACACGUUCCGCAGUCAGUUGACAAAGGAGCAAUGGAAACUGGCGUUCCCCCCUCUGAUCCAGAACCUGGCCUCCGACAACUACGUCGUCUACUCGUAUGCCGCAAUUGCGGUUGAGCGCCUGCUCUUUUUGACGGAUGAUUCCGGCAAAGCCAUGUUCCCCCGCGAGGACAUUCAGCCCUUCGCCAAGGACUUGCUCGACCACCUGUUCAAACUAAUCGAGAAGGAGAGGACGCCUGCCAAAUUGCAAGAGAACGAGUUCUUGAUGAGAUGUGUCAUGAGAAUCCUCAUCGUUCUCAAGGAUGGCGCUGCCCCUCUCGUUGAAGGUGUCCUGAUUCACUUGGUUGCUAUCACCAACAUGAUCAAACAGAACCCCAGCAACCCGCGCUUCUACUACUACCACUUCGAGGCUCUCGGUGCGCUCGUCAGAUACUGUUCUUCCACACAUGCGCCCCUGUUCAACCAGCGCCUCUGGGAGCCGUUCAACCAGAUUCUGGUCGAGGACGUUACUGAGUUUUUGCAGUAUAUCUUCCAAAUCCUCGCACAGCUCCUGGAAUCGAGCCCCGCAGAAGCCAUCUCAGACAACUACCGGGCCUUCCUGUCCCCUCUCCUCGAGCCGGCGCUGUGGGAUACCAAGGGCAAUGUUCCAGCCUGCACCCGGCUUCUCUCAUCAAUCAUCCCAGCAACUGCGGCCUACGUUGUUUCCGACAACAAGCUCGAGCAAAUCCUGGGUAUCUUCCAGCGUCUCCUCGCCCUCAAGAAGUACCAGUUAUACGCCUUUGACGUCUUGGAGUCGGUUGUGAAGUCUCUUGAGCCUGGCGCCGUCGACCCGUACUUCGGUACUAUUCUCAGCUUGAUGUUCACCAAGCUACAGGGUAACCCUCCCGACUCGCUGAAGCUCCGCUUCGCUCGGUUCUUCCAUCUCGUCUCGGCCCGCGUCGAGGCUGGUUACGGAGCCGACUACUUCAUGCAGCACUCGGAGAAGAUCCAAGAGGGCAUUUUUGCCAAGGUGUACCCGCCAUUCGUCUUGGCCGAGACGGAGAAACUGGCUCGUCCUGUUGACCGUAAGCUUGCAGUGGUCAGUCUUACCAAGACUCUCUGCGAGUCGCAGGCUUUCGCACAGAAGUUUGCCAAGGGCUGGGCCAACACGUGCAAAAUACUCCUUGCCCUGCUCGUCAACCCACCUAUUGUAUCGGCUGGACUUGGAGACGAGAUCAUCGCCGAGGCCGACGUCGACGAUAUUGGCUUCGGCCUAUCGUACACGGCGCUCAACACCUGCAAGCCGAUUGCGCGCGACGAUUACCCAGAAGUCACAGCGGUGGCUCCCUGGGUCAGCGCGUACAUCAGCUCCGCCAACCAGCGCCACAAUGGCGCCAUCGUCAACUUUGUCAAUACGCGUUUGACGCCCGAGCAGCAGCAAGCACUGCAGCAGUACUUGCAAUAGGAGACGCUACCGAGCGGUGGGAUGGGUUUACCAGACGAUUGUGCAUUCUCCACGGCCUAUGGUGGAUGGAAGAAGCUCCAGUAGGGGCCACAAUGUAAGGGGCGUAGGGGAGACUAAAAUGGUGCAGGACAGCGUCACCAGUGAGGUAAUGAGAAGAACAGGAAAGGGGCUUCCAGAAGGAACCAAUUGAGUUAUGGCGUCUGUCGCGAAGGAAAUAUCAUGAGCAACUCGAUCACGGCCUCUGAGCAGACGAUAUCAAUCGGCCCAAAAGACACUGGGCUUGCCGCUCAGCUGUUCCAGUGUUUUCAGCGCGAGAGUAUGUUGCAGUGAGCCCAUGGAGGUGUUGACAACACGUGUCUACACCCUUUUAGAAUCGAGCAUAGAAAAAGUAAAAAGCAAUUCGUUACCCCAAAGGCUUUAUUUAGCCUAUGCCCCCCUCCGAUCCCAGUGCCGGCGUAUACAUAUACGUGCGUGGCCUUUG